CUUGUGCUCUGCCCAAACUGCCUGGGAAGAUCAGAGGAACUCCACUUAAGUCAGCAGGAGGAGGACAUAUGGAAAGGGGCAGGAAAUGAGAAACAGAGGAUUCUGAGCUCUGCAUCCCAUUGGGCAGCUGUUAUUCCCCUCUGCCUGUGCAGUGCAUCUGCCAGAGAGUCCUUCAUGGAGCCCCUGUUAGCACUUCUGCCUCUCACCCUGCUCCACGCUACCAUCGUCUCUGGGGCCAUGGACUCCUGUUACGAUGAGCGGGGUUCUGCCACCCGCUGCAUGCCCAGGUUUGAGAACGCCGCCUUUGAGAGGACCGUGUCGGCCUCCAAUGUGUGCGGCUCGCCACCGGAGGAUUAUUGCAUGCAGGCCGGCUCGUCGCGCUCCUGCAGCCACUGCGACGCUUCCGACCCCCGCUGGCACCACAAUGUCACCUUCCUGACGGACUUCCACAGUGACGAGGAGCCCAGCUGGUGGCAGAGCCAGUCUAUGCUCUACGGGGUUCAGUACCCUCAGUCCGUCAAUCUCACCCUGCACCUGGGUAAGGCUUUCGAAAUAACAUACAUCCGGCUGAAGUUUCAUACCAGCCGGCCCGAGAGCUUUGCCAUCUAUAGGAGGAGCCAGGAGGCGGAGCCUUGGCUGCCGUACCAGUACUACAGCGGCUCCUGUCAGAGGACUUAUGAGAAGGCUGCCAAGGGAUACCUUCAGCCCGGCGAUGACGAGAGGACGGCCCUGUGCACGGACGAGUUCAGCGACAUCUCCCCUCUGACGGGGGGCAACGUGGCUUUCUCCACCCUGGAAGGCCGCCCCAGUGCCUACAACUUCGACCAGAGCCCAGUGCUUCAGGAGUGGGUCACAGCCACGGAUCUCCUCAUCUCGCUGGACAGGCUCAAUACCUUCGGGGAUGAAUUCUUCAAAGACUCGAAGGUCCUCCGUUCCUACUACUACGCCAUCUCCGAUUUCUCCGUGGGUGCCAGGUGUAAAUGCAACGGUCACGCCAGUGAGUGCAUGCAAGGGGAGCACGGGAAAGUGGCGUGUGCCUGCGAGCAUCAUACAACGGGCACGGAUUGCCAGGAUUGUGAGCCUUUCUACCAGGACAGACCUUGGGCUCGAGCCACAGCUGAUUCAGCCAAUGAGUGCCAGUUGUGUAACUGCAGUGGCCGGGCAGAUCAAUGUGUAUUUGAUGCUGAGCUGUACCGCAGCACAGGCAGCGGGGGGCGCUGUGUGGGCUGUCAAGACAACACUGACGGACCGCACUGCGAGCGCUGCCGGGAGAAUUUUCACCGUGACUCUCCACAGGACCACUGCCAUCCCUGCAACUGCAGUGCGCUGGGAUCGCUGAGCCUGCAGUGCACCCCUGACGGCCACUGUCCCUGCAGGCACACUGUCUCUGGGGAGAAAUGCGACAUCUGUCAGCCCGGGUUCCACACGCUCGGGGUCGCUGGAUGCAGGCCAUGUGAGUGCCAUCCAGAGGGCAGUGUGGGCAUCUGCGCCCCCCAGGAUGGGAGGUGUCACUGCAAAGUCAACGUGGAGGGACAGGCCUGUGACAGGUGCAAGCCAGGUUUCUUUAAUCUGGAUGCCCGGAACCCAAAGGGCUGUGAAUCCUGCUUCUGCUUCGGCCAUUCCGUGGCGUGCUCCUCCGCACCCCGAUACUCUGAGAUCAGCAUCACCUCAGACUUCCACAACGAACCGGAUGGAUGGACAGGGGAGUUCCUGGAUGGCCAGGCAUCCCCUCUGCUCUGGAAAGAAGGGGAGGUGUACUUACUGCCCUACACCGAAGACGACCUCGGCUUCUACGUAGCCCCAGAGAAGUUUUUAGGGAACCGUCUGCUCAGCUACGGACAGCUGCUGUCGCUCACCUUUGUGGCCGAGUCGCCGGAGCUCCUGCCACAGCAGGUCACCCUUGUUCUAGAAGGAUCCAGCAUGUCCAUCUUGGCUGAACUUCUUCCCGAAUCCUCGUUGCAUACUGACAUUCCACAGCACACCUUCACUUUGAGACUCCACGAGGAGGAAGUGAGACUGAGGCCGUCAUUGUCCUCGACGCAGCUCCGGAGCCUCCUCUACAAUCUCACGGCCCUGAAGAUUAGUAACGCUGGGGGGCUGAACUAUACCUCCCAGCUAUCCAGGGUCAGCCUGGCUUCUGCGGCCCCCUCUUCCGCCCCCUCUGCUCCUGUGGCCUGGGUGGAAAUGUGCCGCUGCCCUCAGGGCUUCGAGGGUCAGCACUGUGAGCGCUGUGCUCCGGGUUACAGGAGGGAGGUGCCCGGUGAGGGCGUCCUCUCCCGCUGUGUUCCCUGCACCUGCAACCAGCAUGGACACUGCCACGCAGAGUCAGGUGUAUGUCAAUGUACAGACUUCACCACGGGGGCCUCCUGUGAGCGCUGCUUGGAUGGUUACUAUGGAAACGCCCUGAUGGGCAGUCCCAGCGACUGCCAGCCAUGUCCCUGCCCAGAGCAGACAAGCUGUGCUCAGGUGCCUGAGACCGGGGAGGUGAUCUGCACAAACUGCCCAGCUGGACGUAGGGGAACCAGAUGUGAGAUGUGUGACGACGGAUUCUACGGAGACCCCCUGGGGAGGUAUGGCCCCCAGCGACCCUGCGCCCCCUGCGAGUGCCACGGCAAUGCAGACUACAACGCGGUGGGGGUGUGCGACCACCUGAGCGGCCGGUGCCUGAAGUGCCUGCACCACACUGAGGGUGACCACUGCGAGAGAUGUCGUCAUGGUUACUACGGCGACGCCAUGGCCCAGCGCUCUGCCGACAAGUGUAAACCUUGCCGCUGUAACCCCGAGGGCACUGCUGGCUCCCCCGAGGACUGCCACCCCUCCACGGGCCAGUGUCUCUGUCUGGAUCACGUCAGCGGCAGGGACUGCACAUACUGUCAGAUGGGUUACUUCAAUCUGAAGCCUGGCAUAGGAUGUGAGCGAUGUACAUGCAGCCCGACUGGUUCUUCCUCUGCAGCAUGCCACCCAAUCACAGGGCAGUGCGUGUGUCGGCCUGGGGUGGAGGGCCCGUCAUGUGAUUCUUGCCGGACAGGAUUCUUCGGGCUCUCCACGAUGGGAUGCAGAGCAUGUAACUGUUACCCCAUGGGCUCAGUCACCAUGCAGUGCUACAACAACGGGACCUGCAGCUGUCGAGAAGGAUUCAUGGGCUACAAGUGUGACCAGUGUGAGCCCAACUACUUCCACAACAGAGCCACUCAUCAGUGUGAAGAGUGUCCCAUUUGCUACAGCCUCGUCAGGGACCAGGCCAAGAAACUGAAGGAAAGGCUGCAAGACCUGGAGAAGCUGCUGUCACGCGACAACUGUGGGAACCGGCGAGCUCUUCAGUACCAGUCCGUGCAAGGAGAGGACGCGCUUCCCAAUAUGAUCAUGGAGCUCCUGGCAGUCCAAGAUGCCAAGGAGGGCUUUGUUAGUCAGUUCCAGCAGCUGGAGUCCUCUGCGCAGCUCCUGGAGCUCCAGUUACACAACAUUGGUACUGCGAUGAACUGCAGCCGUGGCUUGGAGGAGGAAGAAGAAAAAGAGGCCCCACAGAGGUCAUGUAGGGCUCUCGUCAUCUCCACCACCACGGUCGGUGGAGCCCUCAAGCAGCUGAGGCAGGCGGCGCAAACCUUGGACAAAAUGGUGAUUCCAUUUGACAUCCCAAAAGAACCAAACCAAUGGGCACAACUGGUGAACGAAUCUCAUGUUCUAGGAAAAGGUCAUGAAGAAGUUGCCGGGCAUAUCAAGGUUGUGGCUAAGAAGGCGUUGGCGACAUCAAACCAGGCCUUCAAUGAUCUGAUGAUGCUUCUUCAGGAUAAUUCAACAGAGCAGUUCAUGAGUAACUUAACACAGCAGUUCCUAGAAAUGCAGCUAGCUAAAGAAAACCUGACCACAGAGGUUAAUGAGACUCUGACAGAUGUCGGGGCUGCUAACAACUCUGUCCAGGCCCAAAUGGAAGAGACGGCAAGCUCCCUGUCCAAUCUCACCUCCUCUGUUCUGCCACACUGGCAUGCAAAGGAAGUAGAUCUAGGAAACAGAACUCAGGAGCUGGAGCUCCUGGUCCAGUCCAAGGAUGAGCUGGUGACCAAAAUAAGGGAAGAGCUUGAACCUUCCAUAAGGAGUGUGGAGACACACUUGGAAAACGUCCAGCAGUUUAACCAGCUGACAGCCCAGGUCCAAGAAGCAAAGCACGCAGCUUUGUCUGCCGUCGUGGAGGCAAAGGAAACCGACUCUGAAGCUGUCACACUCCUAAAACACUUGGAUGUCAUAGAGAAAGAAUGGCCGGAAGCUUUGGCACAGGCACAAACCGUCUCAACAAAGGGGAAGAUGGUAGAAGAGAAGCUUCUGGCAGACGCCAGCAAGAAGGUGAGCCAGGGGGAGAGAAUGCUGAAGCCUGCUCUGGAAAACACCACCGCCUGCAGUAACAGAGCUGCUGAUUCCAGGGACGCUGCGAGCACAGCCUCCAGGGACGCUAAGGAUUUGCUGCACAAAACAAAGCGCACAAGAAGCUCCUCUGCACAGCUGAGCUCCUCUGUGGACACGGUUUUACUGCAGCUGGAGAUCCAGGAGCACAGAGCUGCACAGAUCCAUAUGGAAGAUUCCAGUGGGAUUGAAGGUAUUGAGGACGACAUGAAAGCAGCUAUUGAAUCUGCAAAAGCCCAGCUGGAAACACACACACACAUGCUGACUGACCUGCUGCAGAAAAUCGCAGAAGAGAAUGACACCGUCCAGAAGUUUGACGUCAUUUUAAACGAGACGGCCAUCCGGUUGGGCAUCCUGAGGCACACCAUGGAGAGCCCAGCGCUGGGCGUGAAGAUCCAGGCCCUGCGUAACGCGGCGAGUGAGCAGUUGGCCCAGCUGGAGCAGGUGGAGCACAGCGUCAGGGAGAUCACUGAGGAGAAGCAAAGCCUGCAGGACAUUGCGCUUCACCUGCCCCAGCGAUGCCCAGAGGAGUCAAAGGUCAGCAGGCCUUAGGAGGGAUACUGAGUGUCCCGGGGAGCAAAAAUGGAGGGCCUCUGAGCUCAGGGAGUGGUUGUCCACCUUUCCAGCAUCUUCUCCUUUGGACAUGAGACAAAGAAUAGCUGUAGUGUCUCCCCUGGCUGGAAUCACAAGACCUGGCAUUCUAAGAAAAAUGCCCACUGUCUGACCCAUUGCCGUCUGCUCCCACCCACUGGGGCUUCGGUUCCGUUAAGAAGGCCAGAACAAAAGCGGCCCAGUAGUCUGAUUACUCCAGCACAUCCCUAACGGUAUAUUGCUUUUCAUUGCUGUAUGUAGUGAUUUAGCUGACACAAAUGCAAUUAAAAACUGUAUUAAGCCAAAGAUUUCAAUGCAUCGAGUCAAGAUCAAAUUAUGUUUAAAGGGAUUAUCACUAAGGGAUUAUUAUUGUUAUUAAGGUUUAAUUGGGAAUCAAGUAAUCAUUACGAGCUUAACUGGAAAUUAGUCCUAUGGCAUUAUUAAAAUUCGCUCCUUGCUCUGCUUAGUUAAAAUGCACAACCGUGUGUUUUCUCAUUUUCAUUUUACAAUCCUUUAUUCAAUUACAUUCUGAAUUAAAAAGUUGCCAGCUAUGUGUCAGAGUUUAAUAGCAGAUAACGCUGAUGAAUAAUGGAAUUGUGCUGAUGGGGCCCGCUCUCCGUCAUCUGCAAUGGGGCCCCCUUGUGACCCUAUUUGGUUUUGCUCAAUAAUGGAAUUUUGUCAAAGCCCAUGAUUUAAUUAAAAGUCUAUAAUGGUAUUGAGGAAUGGCUUUGGGAAUGUUGAGCAAGGGAAAAUGGAGAGUUCUGCACUUCCAUGUCAGAAAUGAUUUAAGCCUGCUUUUUUAUCAUCGUUCUAGUUUUGAUUUUACAGUGUGUUGCUGAUAUUCAUAUUGUCCACAUGGUGGUGCUGUUCAUUUCUGGUGAAUGAAAUAACAGUAUUUAAGAUUUUCUAAGGUACAGUCAACAGGUGCAGAAAGACAUAUUCUGGCAUUUUUCUUCAAAAGUUAAUUAAACACAACAAAUGCUGUUCCAUAUGCUAAUAAUUGCAGCAGAGGAGCAUUUUAAUAUGUCAUAACUGUAGCCAUUUUUUUCAAGAAAUUGCUAAUUUCCAGUUUAGUCAUAUUAAUCAAUGUAUAUAUGUGCUAAAGUAUAGAACCUUAAAAUCCUGUUUCAGCUGGUGAUAGAUUAAAUAUUUAUUUUUGUGUGUUUUAUUAAGCAAAAUGUAAUUUGGUUCUUCAUGUUUUUUGUCCGGUGGAAUUGCAUGUCAGCUGUUAUUUUGCGUUCAUUCUUUCAGCUGUUAUUUGUUUUAAAUUUGAUUGUAGUUAGUUUGUUUUUAUGAUUAUUUGUCUUACAUUUUUUGCUUUUUUUUAUUUUGGGCACUUUCUGAAUGUAAUAUAAGGAAAUGUGAGGUUUGAUAGAAUCAAUAAACAGAUGACUUAUA